AUGAAAGAGUCACAGCAUUCUCCUUUACCGUCUCGGAUAGCCUCGUUGGUCCACGCGCAUUUCGAUGCGUUGCCAGUUCGCAGCAAACCCACUGUCCAUCCGGAUGGAUCGAGAGAGUGGAUUCCUUUGACAGGAAUAGUGAUUGUAAGAGGAGAGAAUACACCAUCAGAGAAGCUUACAUGUGUGGCUAUUGCGACUGGAGCAAAAUGCCUGCCAGCAUCCCAAAUUCCCAACUGCAAAGGCUUGGUCCUACAUGACAGCCAUGCAGAGAUCCUCGCUCUUCGCGCCUUCAAUUACUGGCUAUUGAACGAAUGCCAUGGGGUCUUUGCUUGUGAGCAGCAAACACGGUCACCUCCAUCGCCUGACAUCUCCCAUAGCAAGCAGACUACUUCGCCGUAUGUACGCAGGAGGAAUCAGGGGCGGCGAUCAGGUUCAGGACCGCCAUUUGAAAUCCAACCCGAUAUCAAGGUUUAUAUGUACGGCACCUGCGCCCCAUGCGGUGAUGCAAGCAUGGAACUCUGCAUGGCAUCUCAGGAGGACGCCACUCCAUGGGAGAUGACACCACGACAAGAUCAAGAUAAACAGGAAAGCAGCAUUGCCUCGACACCGUCUUCCGAUCAAUUAUUGAAAGGCCGCGGCCACUUUUCGCUUCUUGGGAUUGUGCGCCGUAAACCGGCUCGUGGCGAUGCUGAAUCCACUCUGAGCAAGUCUUGCUCCGAUAAACUUGCUCUGCGCCAGGUCUCCUCGCUGCUCUCAUACGAAACUAGCCUUCUCGUCGCCCCGACGGAGAACGCGUAUCUCGCGGGACUCAUUCUGCCGGAGAAGGAAAUCAGCCGCGUGGGCUGUGAACGGUGUUUCGGCAAAACCGGGCGGAUGAGGAAUCUACGCGGUCGAGUAUGGAGAGGGCCCGAUGACGAAGAAAGGGAUGGGUUUCGAUUUCGACCUUUUGACGUCCUCUCAGUGCCGAGCGAACAGGUCGAAGCCCUCUGGCCGUUUGCAAAACCCGACCCUUCUACUUCUCUACCACCAACUGACAGUGAUUCACAACCACCAAAAAGCUCGUCGAAACGAAGCAAACCAGGAACCGUGUCUGCCGUCUGGGCUGUGGGCCCAUCACUCUCCGUCCCCUCAAACUCACUCAUAGACGAUAACGGACGUAAAUUCCUCCCAUCCCUGUGCAAAUCGCCGACGGGCUUGUUCGAGACGAUCGUCAACGGCGUCAAGCAGGGUAACCGGGCCUUGACACCGUUGGCACGCGGCGCGUCGAGGCUCUCGCGCGCGAAAAUGUGGGGAUUGCUUCGAGACAUCCUCAAGCCCGUCACGGUAGAAGAUGAGCUCCGAGAAGCUAUGCAUGAUUCUGAUUCCUUGCUACUACUACUACCACUUGCGAACCUCGUCUCGGCAGAGACAUACAAUGAAUUUAAACAUCCACGGUUAGAUGUCGAAUCUGUGAAAUGGCGCCAGGCCGCUAUCCGGGACGCCAAAGAGGCCUUGCAGGGCUGGUCGCCCAAUAUUGGGGACGAGGCCUGGGGGUUGGAGGUCUUGAUUGAUCCUAAGAAGCGGAAACGAUAG